GACAUUCCAUUUUGUUGUUUUGAUUUGUUGCGGUUUAAACUCAUUUUUUUCAUCUUCAAUUAAAUUUGAGAUUAUUCGCAUUCAUAGUUAAAAAAGAAAAGUCUAAGAUGGAUCCCAAGAAUCUAUCUCACAAAUUGGUUCGGGUCGAGUAUCCUGGCAUCGUGAAAAAUGUUGACAAAAUGUUUGAAACAUUAGGCGGAAUAACUGUUAUGUCAGAGGUUUUCUCUACACCUAACCGUCGACUUCCUCUUCAAUUCAGUCCGAAUAACAUUUUUUGUAAGCCAGCGUACGGUGAUCAACGAAGUGGAACUGGUAUACUGGUCAAAGUUAAGGUUCGGCGGCGAAGAAACCAAGAGGCAGCACCACCGACUGUUUCGAUUGUCGCAAUGGUAGACACAUUCUACGAGUUUGGUUGUCUAAGUGAUUUUCAAUAUCUACCAAUACACAAAGAAAACGCACCAAAUGAGGAAGCACGGUGCAUCUACGACGCUGUUGUACCGAAAGGUAUAUUGGAAUCGAGUUGGGUGACUGAAGGGGAAAAUACUCCGUACUUCCUGAUACCUCAAACAUUUUCACGAUUUGAUACUCCGCUGCAAAAACUUUUCAAACGCGAAUUAUUACCCGAAAGCGAAGACAACAACUUGAUAGGUAAAACAAGAAUUCGCCGUCACAAACAUGCUACGUAUUUAACAUUCAGUUUGAAUGUAACCAUUCCGGAUAAGCCGCAUCCAGCUUCUUUCGAUUAUUUGAAUUCAAAUUUCAUAUCAACGGAAGACUACAAUUCGGUGAAAGAUCUGCUCGACAAGCGACCAAUUGCCACCCGCAUGUACAUCGCAUACGAAACGAAGAUACCACUCACGAAACUCAAGUACAUUUUACCGACGUUGUCCUACUACUUUACGACCGGACCGUGGCGUGUGAUGUGGUGCAGAUUCGGGUAUGAUCCGCGGAAAGAUUUCGAGAGUCGCUACUAUCAACAAUUCGACUAUCGUUUGCGGACGCAGGUCGGCUGCAAAGAUCUCGUCGAUCUGAAGAGAACGAACAAAAUCCAUGCACCGAGCACAAAGCCAGUGAAACAAUCCGUCACCGAUCGGGAAAUAGCGAAGAAACAGGAAAUUAUUUACAGUCCGUACUUUGAGGCUGGCAGCUUGCCGCAAUCGCGUCAAUGUAUUUACCAGUAUUGUGAUAUUCGAGUGCCCAAAAUACAGGAAAUGUUAGACAAAAUACCGACGCCGGCGUCAGGUGCAACUUGUAACGAAAAAUCGGGCUGGUUGCCGUUGGGAUUCGAUGAUUUGUGUCGAGACAUAAUGUCGGGAAUCAUAAAGGACUAUGUGUCGAAGUAUGGCUUUUCCAGUUCUGAACAAGCCGAUGAUGUCGAUUCAGCUCAUUCGGGGGACAGUGACGAUAAUUUUGAGGAUGACGGUGAAGACAUGGAGCAACAAAUUGAUGAUAGCAGUGAUGUUGAAUAAAAUUUUCGUUUGGAUUCGGCUUUUUCUACAUCAUUGUCGCAGUGGGUGAACACUUAACAAUGACUCAUUUUUGCCUUAGUUUUGUGAUUACCUUAGUGAUGUCAGUUUUUUUGGGAAAAUGUGUAACGACAGCGUAUGGUCAUUAUCAAUGUUAAUCGGACUGUUUUUAAUUGUGAAAUAAAUUGAGACGAUUA